AUGGCGGCACGUGUUGUCCUCUCUCCCUCAACCUGCUUCCCCUUGACCCCCGCUGCCCUUCGGGAGAAUACAUCCAUUGCCGCCCGCGGCCUCUCCUGCUUCCCUCGCCGCCUCAGCCCGGCUUCCCGAAGAACGGCGCAGAGUGGCCGUGGCGCUCUUGCCGCCGCGACCAUGUCGAGCACGGUGUUGGUGACGGGAUCCGGCGGCCGGACAGGUCGUCUUUAUAUUGCGGCUGUUUUUCUUUGAUUUCGGGUGCUAUCUCUGCGGAAAUCCGUUUUCCUGAUCGGUCGCCGCAUUGAGCGCGGUCGUCUUUCAUCGUCUUCCUUUCAUUUACCUGAUCAGUGCUCAAUUUCGACAGACCAUUUUUUCCUCUUUUAGAAUAAUGCCGGCGAUCUCCCAUGGUUUUUGGAGCUAUUUUGCUUCAGUUUUCCCUGAAACUAUCGAUCGUGACUGCUUCCGGCUGUCGGAAUCGCCAACCCCCCCGGGCAAGCGAACGAUCUUCCAGUCAUGGAUUUCAUCUAUAGUAUCCCACUUCACUCCCUCCCCCGCUAUCGCCGUUCCUUUCUGAGUAAUCCUCCCAAAUCCAUACAAAUCUGCGAGUAUCGUCCACGACGGUUCGCCGCUUUACUGAGAUUUCCCACCCCCUUUUUGUCAGGUCAAAUCGUUUACAGGAAGCUCAAGGAGCGAGCUGAGCAAUUUGUCGGCAGAGGCCUAGUGAGAACUGAGGAGAGCAAGGAGAAGAUUGGAGGAGCUGAUGACGUGUUUGUGGGUGACAUAAGGGAUGCAGCUGCUCUUGCUCCCGCAUGCCAAGGCAUCGAUGCGCUCAUAAUUCUUACGAGCGCCGUGCCAAAGAUGAAGCCAGGCUUUGACCCGAGCAAAGGCGGCCGACCCGAGUUCUUCUUUGAAGACGGCCAAUUCCCCGAACAGGUAAGUCUGAUUCCUCUUCUUAGCAAGUUUCAAAACCUUUCGGGGCGGAAAUAAAUUUGUUCUUCCGAAUUUCUGUCAUUUCAGGUUGACUGGAUCGGCCAGAAGAAUCAAAUCGAUGCGGGUAAGAACUCUCUCAUCCUCGAUAUGCCCACUGUUCCAUUUUAAGCAUGGUUUGGCUUUUAGUUUGAGAUGGAGCACAUCCGAUAUGCCUGCUGCUCCAUUUCAAGCAUGGUUUGACUUUUGAAUGAGGGUCAAAAACUCCCCUGAUAAGCCGUGUAGAUCGUUAGAGGGGUUUUCUGGGAUUUUUUAUUUAUUUUAAAAGCCAAGUUCUUGGAGAAAUCCGGACAGAGUUUCAACCUUCUUCCGUCCGUUGCAGCUGCGGCGGCUGGAGUCAAGCACAUCGUCCUGGUCGGCUCCAUGGGCGGAACAGACCCAAAUCACCCCUUGAACAGCAUUGGGAACGGAAACAUCUUGGUGAGUUUGAUCUUCCAUUACAGCACGAUAUAUAUACUGAUAAUUAUGAGAAACAAGCCGUGCGUUACAUCCCGCUCUCACUUGUUCUUGACGAGUUCCUGCCGAUGAUCUUGCGGGGUGCUGCUAUCGAAGUCGAAUAGAUCUUGGCGUGGAUUAAACGACCAACUGUGUGAGUUUUUUCCUCGUUUCAGGUGUGGAAAAGAAAGGCGGAACAGUACUUGGCGGAUUCUGGAAUUCCGUACACAAUCAUAAGGUAUGGCUAGAAAGAGAGGGAGAGAGAAGGGGAUUGUGCCCAUCAAUUUAUUUAUUUAAUUACCAUGUUUAGAAUCUUAGUGGUGGGCAUGUACACAAUCAUAAGUAUGGCUAGAGAGAGAGAGAGAGGGAUAGGGAGAUGUGCCCAUCGAUUUAUUUAUAGAAUUACCAUGUUCAGAAUCUUAGUGAUGGGCAUGUAUAUAUGCCGACGGAAGGUAGAAGGUAUGAUGCCCAGUGGGUUCUGUAAGUGGCAAACGCUGAAUCAUCUAUGAAUACGGACGACCAGGGCGGGAGGACUGCAGGAUACGGCGGGCGGCGUGCGGGAGCUUCUGGUCAGCAGAGACGAUGAGCUCCUCAAGACCGAGACGAGGACCAUUGCCAGAGCCGACGUUGCCGAAGUCUGUGUCCAGGUGAUCUCCAUAUCCAGAGAGAAGAUAGAGAGAGAGAGAGUAUGUGUCUGGGGCGAGCCCUAUUGAUGAGUUUGUUCGGAUGUGCAGGCACUUCAGAUUGAAGAAGCCAAGUUCAAGGCGCUCGAUCUCGCGUCGAAACCAGAGGGAGCGGGCGCCCCCACUUCUGACUUCAAGUCACUCUUUUCCCAGGUCACUGCUAGCUUCUGA